AUGGGGGAGAUUAACAUUUCCCGUUUUAUGUUUGCGAAAUGCUUUGACACAACCUUGACGCCCGACCCCGGCCGUCGCCGUCCCCGCCGGGGGGAGGAGGGCCAUGAUCCAAAGGAAUCAGAGCGGUUGAGAAAACGUUUUACUGAGAGUGGACAAAAGAGAGGAUUUGCUUUUGUAACUUUUGACGAUCAUGACACAGUUGAUAAAAUUGUUGUUCAGCAAUACCACACUAUUAAUGGGCAUAAUUAUGAAGCGAAAAAGGCCCUCUCUAAACAAGAGAUGCAGUCUGCAGGAUCACACAGAGGUCGUGGAGGUGGAUCUGGCAAUUUUAUGGGUCGCGCCGGAAACUUUGGAGGUGGCGGAGGUAAUUUUGGCCGUGGUGGAAACUUUGGUGGAAGAGGAUGCUAUGGUGGUGGAGGUGGUGGCAGCAGAGGUAGUUAUGGAGGAGGUGAUGGUGGAUAUAGUGGAUCUGGAGGAGAUGGUGGCAACUAUGGCGGUGGUCCUGGUUAUAGAAGUAGAGGGGGCUAUGGUGGUGGUGGACCAGGAUACGGAAACCAAGGUGGUGCACAGGGUGGAGGUGGUGGAGGAUAUGACGGUUACAAUGAAGGAGGAAGUUUUGGCGGUGGCAACUACGGUGGUGGUGGCAACUCUAAUGAUUUUGGAAGUUAUAGUGGACAACAGCAAUCAAAUUGUGGACCCAGGGAAGGGGGCAGUUUUGGUGGAAGAGGCUCGGGCAGUCCCUAUGGUGGUGGUUAUGGAUCUGGUGGUGGAAGUGGUGGAUAUGGUAGCAGCAGGUUCUAAAAACAGCAGAAAAGGGCUACAGUUCUUAGCAGGAGAGAGAGCGAGGAGUUGUCAGGAAAGCUGCAGGUUACUUUGCGACAGGCGUCCCAAAAGCGUUAGAGGAACUGUAAAAAUCCGCCACAGAAGGAACGAUGAUCCAUAGUCAGAAAAGUGAGUGCAGCUUAAACAGGGAACCCUUCUGGUUCAGGACUGUCGCAGCCACAGUUCGCACAAAGUGCAGCUAUUGAUUAAUGCAAUGUAGUGUCAAUUAGAUGUACAUUCCUGAGGUCUUUUAUCUGUUGUAGCUUUGUCUUUUUCUUUUUCUUUUCAUUACAUCAGGUAUAUUGCCCUGUAAAUUGUGGUAGUGGUACCAGGAAUAG